CGCCGGGCCUGCGCGGUGCGUGAGGCGGGGGAGGCGGCGCGCGCAGCCUCGGCAGCGCCUCUGAGGAGCCGCCGCGAGCCCCGGGGCGGGGGGGAGAGAACCGGGAAGGGCCCGGCCGCUAAGCGGGGCCCAUCGAGCCCAGCAGAGCCGGGCGGACCGCGGGGUUAUGAGGGCGGGCGCCGCCGCCUCCCCGUGAGGAGCCGCGGGCGCGGGGAGCGCGCGAGGCCGCCCCGCCACAGGAAGCCAUUUUGUGGGCCCCCUCCUCCUCCUCCUCCUCCUCGCUCUCGUCCUCUUCCUCCUCCUCCUCGUUCUCCGCCGUCGUCGCCGCCGCCCUCGGGAGCGGCCGGGCCCGGUGAAGGAGGCGGCGAGGAGGGGCGGCGGCGGCCGCCGCGCCCUCCCCCAUGGCGAAGAAAACCUACGACCUGCUCUUCAAGCUGCUGCUCAUCGGGGACUCGGGGGUCGGCAAGACCUGCGUGCUCUUCCGCUUCUCCGACGAUGCCUUCAACACCACCUUCAUCUCCACCAUUGGGAUAGACUUCAAGAUUAAAACUGUUGAAUUGCAAGGAAAGAAGAUCAAGCUACAGAUCUGGGACACGGCGGGGCAGGAGCGCUUCCACACCAUCACCACCUCGUACUACCGCGGGGCCAUGGGCAUCAUGCUGGUGUACGACAUCACCAACGCCAAGAGCUUCGACAACAUCAGCAAGUGGCUGCGCAACAUCGACGAGCACGCCAACGAGGAUGUGGAGAGGAUGCUGUUAGGAAACAAGUGUGACAUGGAAGAUAAAAGAGUCGUCCCUAAAGCAAAAGGUGAACAGAUUGCCAGGGAGCACGGUAUUAGGUUUUUUGAAACUAGUGCAAAAGCAAAUAUAAACAUUGAGAAGGCAUUCCUCACAUUAGCAGAAGAUAUUCUUCGAAAGACCCCUGUAAAAGAGCCCAACAGUGAAAAUGUAGAUAUCAGCAGUGGCGGUGGGGUGACGGGCUGGAAGAGCAAGUGCUGCUGAACCUUCUCCUCUCUCACCAAUCGCCAUCCACCGCCCCUUUUUUCUCGCUGCAAAACAAACCACUCUGCCCGUUUUUUAACCUGAAACCAAUGGUUUUGUUCCUCAUCUUAACGAGCUCCUGCCUCCCCUUGGUUUUCUGGCUAGGACAGCUUUGCCUACUCCAGUUUUCUCAACACAUGUAUAGGAAAUUCAUCUCCGUGACUUCAUUUCCGUGUCCCUGCUCAGCUCACCACUACGUUUGGGUUGUAUUAUAGCCCUGUCCCUCCUGCCAUUAAACCCCAGAGCAAUCAUACUCAACUCUCUUCUGCAAAUUGUAUAAGAAUAAAGGUUAGAAUUAACAAUUGAUUUUGUACGACAGUGGAAUUUUCUGUCAUGGAUCAUGUGCUUGAGUCACCAUAUUCUCUAGAUGCAUCAGGCAAGAGCCAGGAAAAAACUCAUUUUCGCCUUGAGUCCGUGAGUGGGGUUUCUUUGUCCUGUGCCUUAUGUGGAAAAAGGAACUUUUAUUUUCACUUUCUUUUCUCUUUUCUGGUGGAAGCAUGUGCAGGAGACAUCCCAUCCCCCCGUGCCAUUGAGUCCUGACCUCUGUAGUGGUUGCUUUCUGUAACGUUUGGUGUCAUGCAUCGAGGACAAAGGGUGGUGCAAAACAAAAGCAAACUCCAUGUAACCUGCUGUGUCUCCUCUUGCCAAUCCCGCCCUUCCCAACUCUUCCUGCUGCCAUUUUUUUUUUCCUCACUUUGCAGCUCUUUCCUUUCUUUUUUUUUUUUUCUUUUUUUUCUUUUUUCUUUUUCUUUUUUUUUUGCCUGCAUGCUGCUUUGAUUUGCGUUUCUCCAUGGCGUGACGUGUUAACGGAAAGGAUGGCAACGCGGUGUGUUUGCCAAAAAUUUAAUACAAAGCACUGAUUUAGCUUCCGAGGUAAAAAUGUUGAGAUUCCUACUAACCCCUCCCUAGGCCUGUCCGUCACUAGUGGUCCCCUCCUCCCGCGUAGCCCCGGCCUUUCCCCCCAUAUGGAAGAGUUAUUUGCAUGCACUAGUUUCUCUGGAGGGUGAUGUGGUUGUCUGUUUUCUGUGUAUGAAUAUAACAUGGAUCCCCAAACUGACAGCAGUCCAUUAACGCGAGCUCCCCGCUUCCGUCCCCCGAGGGCUGCGGGGCCGCGCCGAGGCUGAGCGGACCUGGGUGGAAAGAGAAGGAAAGGAAAGGAAAGGAAGCAGCCAGCGGGCAGUUUAAUUUAUUACCUCCCUGGAAACUUUCCGCUUCCCGGUGUCCGCAGCCGCCGCGCGGGGCCAGCCCAGCCCCGCAUCCCGGCGGGCGAGCCCGGGAUGGAGCGGCUUUUCCAGCGCUCCCUGCCGCUCCUGCCGCUGCCACCCGGCCCUGCUGGCCCUGUCCUGCCGCUGCCACCCGGCCCUGCUGGCCCUGUCCUGGCGGCUGCCCCGCGUGGAUCCCCGGUGGUGAAUCCCGGCUCCGAGCCUGCUCCCGGCAGGGAGGACACGCUGCAGCCUCCCCGAGCCCUGCUCCGCUCCUGGGUCCUGCCUGUGCCUCGCUCCGGCCACAGCCUUGGCACCGGGACUGGCACUGGGACCGGCACCAGGAUGGCACCAGGACUGGCACCAGGACGGCACCAGGACCGGCACCAGGACUGGCACCGGGAUGGCACCAGGACCAGGACUGGCACUGGAACCGGCCCCGGGAGUGGCACCAGGACUGGCACCAGGACUGGCACUGGAACCGGCCCCGGGAGUGGCACCAGGACUGGCACCAGGACUGGCACUGGAACCGGCCCCGGGAGUGGCACCAGGACUGGCACUGGGAUGGCACCAGGACCAGCACUGGCACUGGGAUGGCCCCAGGACUGGCCCUGGGACCGGCUCCGCUCCGCGCUCGCCGCAGCCGCUAACGCUGAGUGAAUUCUAAUGAAAUGACGGUGUUUUAACACGGAACUCCUGCUCCGGAGCGGCUCCUUCCUCCCCGCGCGGGGACCCCCCGAGGUGUCUCCCUGUCCCUCUGUAUUCGGCAUUCUGUCCCCGUGUGUGUUGACCCUUCCCAGGCGAGUGGCUGGUGAGCUGGGGCUCGGCGUUGGACGGAGUCCGGCCGCUUUCGGCUAAAUCUGCACUUUCUAACGUGAUCAAAAAGGGAAAAAACGGCGAAAUCUACAUCAAGGGUUUUUUGUGUAAUCCUCGUUUUAAACGUGAGCUUUUGGUUUGCUCUCAGGGGCUCGGCUCCCUGUGUGUGACCCCUUUGUAGACGCCGUGCCCGUGGCGGGCACAGGCGGAGCCCAGGCCACUCGCUGGUGCCACUCGCUGGUGCCACUCGCUGGUGCCACUCGCUGCCACCCCCUCGUCCCUCGCCGUCAGUAAACCUGAGCUGUUUCUAUCGGGUCUAUUUCUGUUCCUGUCCCAGCUCCAGCUGCCCCCGCGGGCUCAGGCGGGGCAGGGCCGGGAGGAGGGAGCAGCACGAGCGGGUGCCGAUGCUGAAACAGAUAAAAACCCCCCUAAAAAUAAUAAUAAUAAUGAUUAUUAAUAAUGAUCAUGUCGGAGGAGUUUGCAGUAGCUUGGUGUCUGCUGGUAUCUCGACUCCCUGCUAGUUCCAGACUAACUCCUUGUGAAGCCUCUGCUUGGAAGCCCAGCCCAGCCCUGUGGAGUAGAGGAGGGCAGCGGGAGGUGUCAGCAGCCCCUCCGUGCCCCCGGCCCUGCCCGCGGAGGGAGCUCAGGCUGCCCUUUCGUCACCAAAAACGUGUCAAACGAUGAAAUUGGUCCUGCUAAACCAAACCCGAGCCCGGCCCCGGCCCGCGGCCGCGUCACACGCCGGGGUCGCCGCGGCGCUUCGUGCCCUCGCACUCGGACGGCGGAAUAAAACAGCAUCAAGGUCUUGGAUUAAUUCCCAUGCCGACGAUUUUUUACUUAAUCUUUUAAUAUUUUUGCUACUCCACUCUGGCUUUUUAUUUAAAACACAUUCUUUUGUACCACUUACUGUAUCAAAUUGUAUAAAAGAUCACUGUCCCAUUCUUGGUCGUACCAAGAGCAAAUAAAAGCUUUUAUAAACUUGCA